CGCCCCUCGCGUGGCGUCACUUCCCGCCACCAGCUCAGCAGCAGCAUCAUGGCGGAGCCUGAGGAGCAGCAGCCGCCUGCCGUAGCGCAGAGUGGCAGCCGGAGUGAUGGCGGGGAGGAGGCCCCGGAGGGCGGGACCGCGGCGGGGCCUGCCGAGCCGGGCCCAGCCGAACCGGGCCCGGCCCCAGCUGGGUCGCCAGGCACCGAGGAGCCCGCGGGCGAGGCGAAAAAGAAAAUUGAUGUGCUGCUGAAGGCCGUGGGCGACACCCCUAUCAUGAGGACCAAGAAGUGGGCGGUGGAGCGGACCCGGACCAUCCAGGGCCUCGUGGACUUCAUCAAGAAAUUCCUCAAGCUGAUGGCCUCCGAACAGCUGUUCAUAUAUGUAAACCAGUCUUUUGCUCCAUCUCCAGACCAAGAAGUGGGGACUCUCUAUGAGUGUUUUGGAAGUGAUGGCAAGCUUGUACUGCAUUAUUGCAAAACGCAGGCAUGGGGAUGAAUGACUGGCAACACAAUUGUUCAGGUGUUCUCUUCAAAAAUGGAGAAAGGACUAACUUAAGCUGUAAACACACAGGAAGAGGGAUUUUUGCAUUGCUGCCUAUGAACAUGUGAUGCAUGUGAAUAGCAUAAGCAAAGAACUGGCUAGGCUAUACGAUCACAUGGCUUUUUUUCUGAUGUACAUUUGAGGUGCAGAAAAACCACCUGCAUCUGCCAUGUAGAGUAGAGCCAGCACUCUUGCUGCUGACUACUUAAUUGCUGUGUCUGAAGAGAAAGGAUUUCAGUUGUCUGCAGGACUGACUGGACAGCUCUGUCUAUAUGCUGUACCGAAUAUAAGAGAACCUUUUUAAUAAAAAUUAUGUCUGUUGUACA